CAAAGCCGACAAUUUGUAUUUCUUGCUUUGGGCUCUUGAAUUUUGUUCAAAAGGUUCUAAUUAAACUAAAAAGACACAAAUAUAUAUAUAUUAGGCAUUUAGUGGUUUUAUUUGUUUUGUCUGCUGAUUGCUGAAAAUGUCGGAUAAUGACGACGACUAUAUGUGCGAAGAAGAAGAGGACUACGGAUUGGAGUACUCAGAAGACAGCAACUCAGAGCCAGAUGUAGACCUAGAGAACCAAUAUUAUAACAGCAAGGCUUUAAAAGAGGAUGAGCCCCAGGCAGCACUGCUUAGUUUCCAGAAGGUUCUGGAGUUAGAGGGAGGAGACAAAGGAGAGUGGGGCUUCAAGGCUCUGAAACAGAUGAUCAAGAUUAACUUUAAAUUGAGCAACUUCACGGAAAUGAUGGCGAGGUACAAGCAGUUACUCACGUACAUCAAGAGUGCAGUCACUAGGAAUCACUCUGAGAAAUCAAUCAAUUCUAUUUUAGACUAUAUUUCAACAUCAAGAAAUAUGGAAUUGUUGCAAGAUUUCUAUGAAACAACAUUAGAAGCACUAAAAGAUGCAAAGAAUGACAGGCUGUGGUUUAAAACCAACACUAAACUAGGAAAGCUUUACUACGAUCGCGGCGAUUUUAAUAAACUAGCCAAAAUAUUAAAACAGCUACACCAAAGUUGUCAGUUACCCAAGACUUGCGGACUGGAAGAGACAGACGAAGGUGAAGACGACCUCAAGAAAGGGACGCAGCUGUUAGAGAUAUACGCGCUCGAGAUACAGAUGUACACGGCGCAGAAGAAUAAUAAGAAGCUCAAAUUGCUGUACGAACAGUCGCUGCACAUCAAAUCUGCCAUACCCCACCCGCUCAUCAUGGGCGUUAUUAGAGAAUGCGGCGGUAAGAUGCAUUUGCGCGAAGGGGAAUUUGAGAAGGCGCAUACGGACUUCUUCGAGGCGUUCAAAAACUACGACGAGUCCGGCAGUCCGAGGAGGACAACUUGUCUGAAAUAUUUAGUUUUAGCUAAUAUGUUAAUGAAAUCUGGGAUCAACCCGUUCGACUCUCAAGAGGCGAAACCCUACAAAAACGACCCUGAGAUCCUGGCGAUGACCAACCUCGUGCAGGCCUACCAGAACAACGACAUCAACGACUUCGAGUCCAUCCUCAAGCACAACAGCUACAACAUCAUGGACGACCCGUUCAUCCGCGAACACAUCGAGGACCUGCUGCGGAACAUCCGCACCCAGGUGCUCAUCAAGCUCAUCGGCCCCUACACCAGGAUACACAUACCGUUCAUCUCCAAGGAGCUGAACAUCGAUGAGAAGGAAGUCGAGAAUCUAUUGGUCACGUGUAUUUUGGAUAACACGAUCAGCGGGCGCAUCGACCAGGUGAACUCGGUGCUGGAGCUGGCGUCGGGCGCGCGCGGCGCGGCGCGCUACCAGGCGCUCGACAAGUGGACCGCGCAGCUCGCGGCGCUACACCUCGCGCUGGCCAACAAGAUGGCGUAGACACGCGCACGCCAACUAAACAAACUAUUAGCCCUAGUUCAGACAUGCGGAAACCGCGCGUUUACGAAUCGCGCGGUUCGAACCCGCAAAAUUGUGAUGCUAUUCAGACACCUGCGGUUAUUAUGCGAUUUUCGUGCGGAGACAACGUCUGUUUGAAAAUGGCGGUCGACGAAGAAGUGAAAAAAGAAAAGAAAAAGGCGGUUUUGGGUGCAUCCAAUAUUAAGUGACCUACUAGUGCAUGGUCAGUUCGUAACGUUAUAUCUCAAUCUGAGAAUAUACGAUAAAAAAAAAAGCUCGGUUCUUGAUCAUUUUAUUUAAGUAAUCUUCACACUGAAGAUCAUAUAUUGCAGGUCUCUUCUCCUUUUCUUCAAUAAAUAGUUCAGUGCCGAAACGGUCCAUGGCGAUUUCACGAGCUGUGACGUGCUAACCGCGCGGUAUCCGCAACGCAACUGAACGCAAAGGAAAGACUCCAUAGUAAUACAAACGCACGGGAGCAGCGUGAUUCUAUUUUCUGGCGGUUGGGUUUCGGUAACCGCGCGGUUAUGUCUGGACGAUAACUUAUAACUCAUAUAAAUAAUACCCGCGCGAUUUCCAUGCGAUUCUAUAAUAGAGCGGUUCCCGCCGUGUCUGAACUAGCGCUUAAACGUAUCCCCGUUUUCACUAACGACGAACAAGACAGUGCCUCGAUAAGUAUCUAAGGAAAUUUAUGCCGACUUUCACCAAACCUAAGAAACUCUUAAAUCAGAUGCCUAACUAAUUGGGUGAUUAAAGAUUUUAAACUAAGAUUUUCGUGGUCAAUCAACAUUUGAGUCCCGUCGUGA